AUGCCGCCUUUCCGCUUUCAAUAUGGUCAUCAGCCCAAGGAACAGGUCAGACCUGCCAAUCAGGAGAUCCGCCAGUACUAUGACCCGGAUCUACCAGUCUACGGCCCUUGGAAACUUUGGCAAACCAAGCCGGAGCUUCCCUCGGCCGAAGAAAUCCUUGGGACAGAUGUACCGGGAGACGUUGUUGCACUUGCCCCCAACUGCAUUUCAGGACCUUGGGUUUCCAAGGAGAAAUACCUAGAGGCCCAUUAUGCAUUGAUCCGAGAAGACUCGGUUGCGCCACUUCGAAAUGCCGUGGGCCGGGUUCGCGCCGAACCUUUUAUGAGAGAUACCCCAGACAUCUCCAUCUAUGAGAAGAUUUACGAAUUACAGAUUCCUAAUUCAGAUUCUUCUACAUCAAAGGUCUUCAUUAUCGGUGUUACCCUGGCCCGCUCGGGGUUCGCAUUGCACAUCCAAUUCUCGACUCGCCGCGCGGGCAAAAACAUUGCCUGGACAUACUCUAACCGCCUUAAUCCUGGAACAGUCGUUGCUCUAACGCCCAAGCAAAAUGCAUUCUUGAGCAAAUGUGUUGUUGCCGUCGUGGCCUGUCGGCUGCAAGAAGGGGUCGAAAAAGACCCCCCGAGAUUGAUAUCUUCUUGGCCUCGCCGGACGAUAUCGAGAUCGACCCACAAAUGGAUCAUGGUUGAAGCUCGAGCGGGAUAUUUUGAGGCAAAUCGACACACCCUGACAGCACUGCAAAAGUUGUCAAAGGAAAGUUUUCCGCUGAACGAACAAAUAUGCAGCUUGGCAGGAGACAUUGAUGCACCAGAAUACGUCAACACUGCGCCAUGCAUGGACUUCACGCCAUUGUCUGAAGUCUCUGUACUCGACAUCACUGGAAAGUACGACAUCCUUGAGCGAUGGCCCUCCCAACCAAUGGGAAGGCUAGAUGCAUCUCAAUGGUCAGCCCUGAACCGAAUGUUGACUAAAAAGCUGGCCAUCAUUCAGGGUCCUCCUGGAACAGGAAAGACCUUUACCUCCAUCGCUGCUCUAAAAAUGAUGCUCUCAGGCAAGAGGUCAAAUGAUCCGCCUAUUAUCAUCGCAGCUCAAACUAACCAUGCUCUCGAUCAACUGAUUAAGCAUAUCUCAGUGUUUGAGAAAAACUAUGUCCGGCUGGGUGGAAGAACUACCGAUCCUGAGAUUCGCAAGCGCACCCCUUAUGAGAUUAGACAGACCCAAGGGCUAUUAAAAAUUGAGGGAGGUCUGUUGACUCCAAUGAUAAAGAAACAGAACAAACUCGCGGGUGAGAUUGGUAAGCUCCUGGAGCCAUUUGCGCCAUCAAACAGCAACAAGCCUCUUGCAGCAUCCUUAUUCCGAGAGCACGGUGUUUUGAGCGAAGAGCAGGUUAAUUCCUUGGAGGAAGUAGCACAUAAAUGGCAGCAAUACAAUGCUCCUGCAAACGCCGAUCCUUUGAUGGCUUGGCUUACAGACUCUGUGAGGGAGUUCGACUACAAAUACGUCGGUGGCUUCGGAUUUAUUGAUGACGAUAUUGACCGUGAGUACGAGCAACUGAAGGAGAUUGAAGUCGAACAUGGAAGAUAUGAGGAUGACUGGUCGGAUUUCAAAACCCGCUUUUUCCCGUUGUCGCCUGGUCUUUGUGGCUCCAACAAUGGCAAGAUCUCUCGGGCAACGGUUGAAAUUUUGCUGAAAGAGAAGGACCUUUACAACAUCCACAAGAGAUAUCGUGGUGCUGUUUAUUGUUACAUGCGCAAGCAGCUGAUCGCUAUUAUGGGAGAAUAUGUGCAUCGCCUCGCUCAAAGUUACAAGGAUUGCUCCAGCAAUGUCCAAAUUGGUAGAUUUGAGCGGGACUAUUGUAUUCUUCAAGAGGCGAGGAUCAUCGGCAUGACCACAACUGGUCUGAGCAAAUACAGAGGACUGGUCUCAAGCUUGAACCCCCAAGUCAUCUUGAUUGAGGAGGCAGCAGAAGUACUUGAGGCCCCAGUUGCAGUUGCUUGCCUCCCAUCACUUCAGCAUCUCAUUCUUGUUGGCGAUCAUCUGCAGCUCAAGGGUCAGUGUGCCGACUAUGAACUGUGUGGCCACCCUUUCUACCUCGAUCUCUCUAUGUUUGAGCGUCUGGUGGUAAAUAAAAUGCCAUACGCCAUGCUUCAAGAGCAAAGACGAAUGGUGCCGGAAAUAAGAAAGCUCGUGGCUCCCAUCUAUGGGGAUCGUCUGCGCGAUCAUCCGUCUGUGGAGGAUCACCCUUUGGUUCCUGGUAUGGGAGAGAAACGAUCGUUCUUUUUCGACCACACCUCGUCAGAAAGCGCGGACAGUCUAUUAUCCAAGGUUAAUGAAUUUGAGGCAUCAAUGGUGGUCAAUCUCCUUGCUUAUCUUGUGAUGAAUAAGGUCCCGACAACCAGCAUCACUGUCCUGACAUUCUACAAUGGCCAAAGGAAGUUGAUCAUGCGGAAGAAGGCAAAGAAUCUCAACGUCGCCCAAACAUACGUCAACAUACUCACUGUCGACUCAUAUCAAGGAGAAGAGAACGAUAUCGUAAUCCUGUCCCUUGUUCGAUCCAAUUUUCAUCGAGGUAUCGGCUUUCUCGAACAGGACAACAGAGUGUGCGUUGCCUUGUCCCGCGCCAAAUACGGUCUCUACAUAUUUGGAAACGCACAAUGUGUUAGCAAACACAGCAGUUUCUGGAAUGCAGUUACCAAUGUCAUGUCUGAAGAUCCACAAGACCCCCGGUUGGGACCGGCUCUGCCCCUGUAUUGUGCAAGACACAACCAAGAAACCCUCAUUGAAACUCUCAAGGACUGGAACACUAUCAGCGACGGCUGCAGCAAGCCUUGUGGCAAGGAUCUGCCAUGCGGACAUCCGUGUCCCCGUAAAUGCCAUGGUUCUGAACAUGACUGGGUGUCUUGCAAACAGCGCUGCAGUGAGAUUCGUGAGUGCUGCAACAAGCCAUGCAUUUGUGUAUGCUCUCCACCACACACUCAUGAUUGCCUCUGUGACAUGGGCAAGGAAAGCAAAACCCAGGUCUUUGACGCUGGAGCCGACUGGAAUGAUGUCGGUGAAGAUGAUGAUCGCGACGCAGUGGUCGGUCCAAUCACCCGACCCCAAGCCCCAGCCCGCACCCCUGCCUUUACCUUUUCUUUCGUCAAAGACGAAGAUAAAUCACAGUUUGCCCAUGGUGUGCGCAGAUGGCAGGCGUUUGCACAGGGUGGCGCCAUAGUGGAUGAUUAUCGUCGGGCUAAGCUCCAUGUUAGAGGUAACCACUCUCCGGGAGAUGAUACGCCAGUCGAGAAGAAUGCUGCUGCUGCUCCUGUUGAAGGAGGCCCGAUCAGCUUUGAUGAAUAUCGUCGGGCUAAACUCCUUCUUAGGGGAAAACGUCCCCAGCAAGGUGAUACACCAGUCGAGAAGAAUGUCGCUGGUCCAGUUGAAGGAGACCUGAUCAAUUUCGUGGAUAAUCCUCGGGUUGAGCUUCCGUUUAGAGGGAAACGUCCUCGGAUAGAUACCAUGCAAGUCAAGAAGAAUGUCGUUGUUGAAGGAGACCUGAUCAAUUUCGGCAAUAAUCGUCAGGCUGAGCUUCCUUACAGAGGAAAACGUCCUCGGACAGAUACUACGACAGUCGGGGAGAACGUGACUGUUCCGGUCGAAGGAGACUUAAUCAACUUCGACGACGACGAUGAUCCGAAAACCGAAGUUCAAACUACUGGAGAAGACAAGCCUACUGCCCCGGCCAAGGAAGACACGGCUACAUAUGACGGGGCUGGGGAUGGCCAGGCCGAAGCCACGAGUGAAGUGAAAAACAAGCCUCUCACACCCCUCGUCAAUGAUCUGAUCGCCUUCGAAGAAGAUUAUCACUGUCGGAUUAAAAGUCAGAAUCAAGAGGUAGACCUGCUUACUGCUGCGGUUGGAGAUGACGAUAAUAUGGCUGGCAGUUUGAGUCUAGCCGACGUCUCGCUCACUCCUAUGGUCAAUGAACUACUGUUAUCUCCCGUGGAGGGAGAGCUGAUCGAACUCUUCUAG